AUGAUCAGUAUCAGCGCCUGGACAUGGAGCGCAACUCUUCUUCAAUCUAGCACUGCAGCUUAUACAUUUGGUAUAUAUCACAACAUGUGGUACGGUGCGGGCGGUUCUAUCCAAGUACCGAUGUCUAGAAUGGUGACUGCCAAAGUCAAUAUGAACCCGAGCAGUACUCAUACGUUCUUGGAGAUUGUCAAAGCUCGCUUCGGUGUCGUAGCUCAUAUCGUAUUUACCACUUGUGCGUUCUUUUUGCCGCGUGUUGAGAUGGUUACUGACGCGUGUUUCAGUGGGAGGUGCUGCUACUGUGAAUGCCUCACCGGCAUGAAUAUACUUGCUGCAUAUUUUCUAUUGCCAAUCGGCAUCGUGGUCUAUGUCGUUUUCGGUGGAUUGCGUGCCACUUUUAUGUGUGAUUGA